CGGGGCUGAAAGGGGCGGAAGUGAUGCGGCAAUGGCGCCAUGAGGCUGAAGCUGAGGAACGUCUUCGCCGUUUAUUUCGUGGUGUCCGGGCUCGGGUUGUUGUACUCGGUCCGACAGCUGGGGCUGCAAUGUGACUGCACGUUGCCGGUGCGGGCGCCGGGCGAGCUGACGCGGGAGCUGAAGAUCACGCAGCUGCAGGCCGAGGUUCGGCGGCUGCGGGAGAGGCUGAGGGUCGAGGGUGAGCCUGUCACUGACGGGAGGGCGCUGCCCACCAUCUACGCCAUCACCCCCACCUACGCCAGGUGGGUGCAGAAGGCGGAGCUGGUUCGCCUCUCCCAGACCUUCCGGCACGUGAAGGCUUUCCACUGGGUGCUGGUGGAGGAUGCGGACGGGCCAUCCCGGCUGGUGUCGGGGCUGCUGGAGGAGAGCGGCCUGCGCUACACCCACCUGUACGCCCCCACCCCGGUCCUGGACAAACUGCGGCCGCAGGACCCCAGCUGGCUGAAGCCCAGGGGGGUGGAGCAGCGGAACCGGGCCAUCGCGUGGCUGCGGGAGACCCGCCCGCCCGGCGAGGAGGCCGUCGUCUACUUUGCCGACGAUGACAACACCUACAGCCUCCGGCUCUUCGACGAGAUGCGCUGGACAAAGCGGGUGUCGGUCUGGCCGGUGGGCCUAGUGGGCGGCCUGCGCUUCGAGAGGCCCCUGGUGGAGGGGGGCCGGGUGGUUGGUUUCCACACAGCCUGGAAGCCUCACCGCCCCUUCCCCAUGGACAUGGCCGGCUUCGCCGUCUCCCUGCGGCUGCUGCUGGCCAACCGGGAGGCCCGCUUUGACGGGCGGGCCGAUCGCGGCUACCUGGAGAGCAGCCUCCUGCAGUCGCUGGUCUCCAUCGAGGAGCUGGAGCCCAUGGCCGACGGCUGCCGCACGGUCCUGGUUUGGCACACCCGCACGGAGAAACCCAAGAUGAAGCAGGAAGAGGCCCUCAUAAAGGAGGGCCGAGGUUCGGACGUCCACGUUGAGGUGUGAGUGCGAGGGGCGGGGGUGAGAGUGGGGGGCAGAGGAUGGCGGCAGACCCCUCCCUCCCUGGCGUCAGCAGUGCCGGAAAGGAAACCUCUUCACCCUGUCCCCCACCCCUCCAGCUCUGAGAGACUCUGGAUUGUCCUCCUUGAGGGGCAAGCAAUGUUCCCUGACCGGAGCAACACAGACAAAACACUGGAAGAACUCAGCAGGUCAGGCAGCAUCUGUGGAAAUGGGUAAAGAGUUGACGUUUUGGGCCAAGACCCUUCGUCAGGACGGAGAAGGAAGGGGGAAGAAGCCAGAAUAAGAAGGGGGGAAGCGGGUAAGUGGGAAGGGGCUGGAGAAGAAGGAAUCUCACAGGAGAGGAGAGCGGACCAGCGGAGAAAGAGAAGGAGGAGGGGACCCAGAGGGAGGCGAUGGGAAGGUGAGGAGAAGAGAAGGGGUGAGAGGGGAGUGGAAAACGAGAGGCGGGGGACAGUAAUUCCCAGAAGUUAGAGAUUUUGAUGUGUAUGAUGUUGGGGGUUGUCCAGGUGGAAUAUGAGGUGUUUCUCUUCCAAGUCCUGGUUACGCGACCGCGGACGCCGGGCGGACAGUCUCCGAAGAGUGUUGAUAAUGGCUGGGGAGGGUCACCUGUCCUGCAAAGGCACUGCCCGGAAGAAGGCGACGGCAAAGCACUUCUGCGGGAAAAUUUGUCGAGAGCAGUCGUGGUCUGCGUCGUACGCUCGCGCCAUAGGACACCGCACGUCGCCAUGGCGAUCGGCCCCGUCAUGGCUGGAGAGCAGGCCGCGGACCAACACGUCAGAAUGGGUGGCUGCAGGAGAUCUUUACCACCUGCCGGGGGACAGAGUGAAGACGCUCCGGUUUUUGUCGGCACUCACCCUCGGAGGCUCUGACCGGCGUUGUCCUGGGACUCCGGCGGCAGGAACUACUGAGUACUCCCCUCUUGGCGGGCUGCCUCGGGCAGCGUCUGCCUUCGUUUCGAGAAGAAUCGUCUGUUCUCGCUGGGUCAGUGGGAGCCUUGUACCAUGACCCCCUCCCCACCGCCACUGGGCAGCCCUUGCGUUCAUCAGCACAAAUUGAGUGGACCUUAUUUCUUACAUCCGUCACGUACACGAGGAGUAAAAAUCUCUACGUUACGUCUCCGUCUAAACGUGCAAUCAUAGUAAUUUAUAAUAAGUAGAACAGUCAAUGUAACAUAGAGAUACACUCAAAUCAGGAUGAAUUAAUCAGUCUGAUGGCCUGGUGGAAGAAGCUGUCCCGGAGCCUGUUGGUCCUGGCUUUUAUGCUGCGGUACCGUUUCCCAGAUGGUAGCAGCUGGAACAGUUUGUGGUUGGGGUGACUCAGGUCCCCAAUGAUCCUACGGGCCCUUUUUACACGCCUGUCUUUGUAAAUGACCUGAAUCAUGGGAAGUUCACAUCUACAGAUGUGCUGGGCUGUCCGCACCACUCUCUGCAGAGUCCUGCGAUUGAGGGAAGUACAGUUCCCAUACCAGGCCGUGAUGCAGCCAGUCAGGAUGCUCUCAAUUGUGCCCCUGUAGAAAGUUCUUAGGAUUUGGGGGCCCAAA